GCGGGGCCCGGCAGCCGCGGGGCUCGGCCUGCGGGCCGCUCCGCCUCCGCUCGAAGCGCCGGUGCUGGUUCCGGUUCCGGGCGACGCUCCCACCGGCUCACGCGGGCGCCGCCGCCGCUCCGCCGCCACCGGAAACGGAAGCGCUCCCGGCGUGCCCCGCGCCAACGCCCCCAACCCCCCGAGUAACGACGCCUCCCGGCGUGCCCCGCGCCCAGCCCGUUGUUAUGGCGACCGCGUCCCAGCAUGCACCGCGCGCUCGGAUGUCCCCCCCAUGAGGACUACAGCUCCCGGCGUGCCCCGCGGCGUCUCCCGGACUACAGCUCCCGGCGUGCCCCGCGGCGGCGGCGGCCGGUGGGUCUGUGCGCGCGCCCCGGGCCCGCCGGCUCCGCAGCGCCCCCGCGCGGCGGCGAGCCCCCGGCCCGGCGGCGGGACACACGCGAUGGGGGGUGACACGGGGCGCCGGGCCCUGCUGGCCGCGCUGCUGUGGGUCCCCGUCCUCGGGGUGACAGCGGGGGACAGCCAGCACGCCUUUGAGGGUCCCAGCGCUGUCCCCGAUGACCUGUUGUCACGGCUGGGCCGAGCCGCCUGGGACACCCUGGAGAGCUGGGUGGGUCCCCAGCCCCUGCGGCUGGUGGCAGAGAGUCUCUCCGCCACCCUCUGGAUCGUGUCCUCGGGGAUCUCGGUGGCUUUGACCACGCUCUGCGGGAUCAUCGGUGACCUCCUGGCCGCCUCCGGCAUCACCGGUGACCGGCUGGUGCGUGCGGCAGCGCUGGCUCCCGGGGAGGUGCAGCGGGUGCUGCUGUGGGGUCUGGUGGCUCUGGCGGGGUCCUGGGUGCUGUCGCGGGUGCGGGGGCUCCUGCUCCCCACCCUGCGCUGGGUGACACUCUGCUGCUUCCUGGGCGCCUUCCUGCACGUCACCGCGUCCCCCGAGAGCCCCACGGCGCAGGCGGGGAUGCUGCUGGGGCUCUGGGUGCUCUACACCCUUUUGGGGAGCCUCUUGGCCCCCUCAAGCUCCAGCGCCCGCCUGGACGCCGCUGUGCGCAGCCUGGAGUGGAAGGUGGAGGAGCUGCGGCGGCGGCAGAAGUGGGGGGGCCCUCGGAACCAAGAGGAAUGAUGCCCCCACACCUUGGGGUGUCACAUCAGCUCUGUACCCCCAAUUUUGCGCCCUCCAUGCUGAGCACCCUGUCCCCCUUUCUCUGCCCACUCCCCAUCCCUGCCCCUGUGAGCCUCCCUCACCCCGCGGUGCACACCAGCCUGGGAGCCCCCCAAUAUCACUGGGGGUCCCCUUAUCCUGCUGGGGCCCCCCCCUCAGUGCAGCACCCCGAAAACUGGAGCUCCCCUCCUUGCACACACACCACGGUGCCUUAACAACAGCCACGAGUGCCUUCCCCUAGCAGGGGUCGUAUGGCCCCUGUGUCCCUCCAGGCCCAAAUCCAGCCUCACCACGGUGGGGGGAGCACCCCAAUCCCCCCUACCACAGUGAGGGGGUUACAGGGACACCUCAACCCCCCUACCAUGGUUGGGGGAACAAGGACACCCCAAUUCCCCUUCACCCACCCUGGUGGCUGUUGUGCCCAUCAGAGGGGACCCAGCUCCUCACUCCAGGCGUCACCCCAGCCUAAAAUGGGGCGGGUCUCUGCUCAUUUGGGGGGAUCGCAGCCCCCCCCGGGCCCCAUGCUGUCGGUCCUUGGGUUUUCAGCUGCUUUUUGGACUGUUUUGAUAUGCGGUUCUGAAUAAAGGCGGUUUCACCGUG